CCCCGCCCCCUGCCCAGCAGGCAGCGUUUUCCAACAUAGAGCAGCUUCGAGUGGGCGACUAGAGGCCUGCUGGGGCUGCUAGUUUGCGGUCUCGUGUGCGGACAAGGGGGUGUCAAAUGAAUGAGGAAGAGCAGCAGUGAGUGAAGGGCCCUUCAGCCCUCACUUCUCUCUCCACUGAAGUUGUACUUCAACCCUCUUGUCUUGACGGACGGGCUGGCUGGAGUGCGUUCUGUUGCCACGGCAGCCGCUUGGUCGGAGAGGCGGCGAAGCAGCAGCAGAGGACGCCGAGAGGAUGAACCGGAAAAAGCUGCAGAAGUUGACUGACUCCUUGUGCAAAAGUGCUAAGCACUUCAAUAAAUUUGAAGUGGAAUGUCUCAUUAAACUUUUCAACAACUUGGGAGUGGAGCCUAGUGAAAGGCAUGCAGUUGUAGGCUUGGAUCGUAAUUCAUUCCGAAAUAUCCUACAUGUCACAUUUGGAAUGACAGAUGACAUGAUUAUGGACAGAGUGUUCCGUGCUUUUGACAAAGACAAUGACAGUUGUGUCAGUGUAACAGAAUGGGUAGAAGGCUUAGCAAUAUUUCUUCGUGGGACACUGGAAGAAAAAAUGAAAUAUUGUUUUGAAGUCUAUGACCUGAAUGGGGAUGGAUACAUUUCACGGGAGGAAAUGUUCCAUAUGCUGAAGAACAGCCUUCUGAAACAACCAUCAGAAGAAGAUCCCGAUGAAGGAAUUAAAGAUUUAGUAGAAAUAACUUUGAAGAAAAUGGAUUAUGACCACGAUGGCAAACUGUCUUACGUGGAUUUUGAAAAAGCUGUAAGAGAUGAAAAUCUCCUUUUAGAAGCAUUUGGGCCAUGUUUGCCUGAUAUGAAGUGUGGGAUGGCAUUUGAAGCACAGGCAUUUCAAGAACCUUCUGAUUUGUAGCUCUGCAAAAUUCACUAUGUAAAUUAUUAUGGACUAUCAUUUUUAAGUCAAGUCAUCUGUGGCCUACCAACAUUUGAAAUCACUUGGUGUUACGAAACUUCUUUAUGAAAAGUAAAAGAUAAUGAGAAAUGUUUAGAUGUUCCUGUUCUCCAAUGAAGUAAGGCAUUUGUAAACACUUCAAGAAUAAUGGGAUAACAAAAAUUUGAAACAAAAUACAGCAUAAUGAAUAGGCAAAUAAAGGUACAAAAAGCAUUUUAAUAUUGUAAAACUACAUUGCUUUGUGAACUGUCAAAACAGUAUCUUUUAAAUACAUAGAAGAUGUUAUCAGUAGUAUUUAUAUUCGUCGCCUUUGUUUCACAGUUGGCUUUGUUGGACUACUCAGUAACAUCUCCCCAGACAGUUCUGGAACUUUAACAGGAAGUGUAACCUAGUUCAAAGAGAGAAAAGUCGUAAGUUAGUAUGUUGGAUCCUUUCAUUCUACCAUUACUGUAGAUCUUUCAAACUAAUAGUGAUCAAAUAACCGAAAAAGAUGGACCAUGUGGAGACAGCUCAUCUCAAUGCAUCCUCUGAACAACUUGUCAGAAAACCCUACACACAUUCAUUUUAUCUUCUGAUCACAAUCCCUUCUCUUUAACUAUGGUGCCACUGCAUAGCUGCAAAUUCUGUUUGCUUUCUAGCUAGCUUUGCAACAACAAGCUUCAGGUGGUGACAUCAAGUAAGUGGGGAAACUGAUGAUGGGCACCUGGUACCAUGCAGCUCACUGAGGUGGAUUUAGCUAAAAGGAAAUGAAUAAUAUGGACAGGAGAAGUGAACGGAUUUCAAGUCUUCCAUACUUUUCAUAUAAAUAAAAUAGAAAUAAGUUCUCUUUUCCAAA